CUCGCGAGCACUCGAACUGUAAAAUCAUAUGGUCAAAAUCCAGCUCCUAGUGCAUAGUCCCCGUUCCUGAUCAAGACCAAUGGAUCAAGUCCUCGCCCUCCCCGAGCUCCUCGAGCCCAUCCUACUGGCUCUCGAUCUCCGAACUCUCCUAACCUCAGCCCAGCGGGUCUGCACCCAAUGGCGAAGUAUCGUCCAACGAUCCUCCUCCUUGCAGGAAAAGCUGUUCUUCAAGCCCCGAGCAACAGCCAAGAGGCAUUAUUCCCCGGAACCGAUCUUCAACCCUCUUCUGACGACAGCCUUCCCCGCAAUCUUCCACGCUGUCUCCCCUCACCGCGGCCGGGAAUUCAACAUCGCCGACCUAGAACUCAUCACGCACCCGGCUAAGCGAACAGCGUACCUGCGCCCCGAAGCGAGCUGGCGCUCCAUGCUCAUUCAGCAGCCGCCGACAUCCUCGUUCGGCAUCGUGCAACGCAGUGGCGGCCAACUCGGGUAUAGCGGCUCAUAUGAAAUAAUGAAGACGGAAGGUGGUUUGCGCAUGGAAGCACUGUUCGAACUGCUAUUCUUCCACCAUGACAUCGACGCUUACAACUGCCCCGACGGGAUCAUCUGGUGGAGCGAGGGCGCUGCGCCGAAGGUCGGGAGGUUGCUCGAGCCCUUCGCGGAGGAGGAGGGCGAGAAGGUAGAACAGCCCGGGGUGCUGGUGCAUGUGAGUUUCUUUGCCACUUGUACGUCGACGGAAUCCGAGCUGGAGGAUGAGGAUUAUCGGGACGUGCUGAAUGCGGUGCGGGCUGGGUACCAGGCGCUGAAGUUGAAGCCGAAGGUCUUGGCGGGGCCCGAGUGGGAGAGGCAGACGUGGGAGUAUUCCAGAACCUGGGACUGAUUUGUUGGUGGUCAAGCGUACUGUACAGUGCACAAGACAAGUGUUUUGAAAAAUUGUUCUUAGGAGGGAG